GGCGCCUAGAGGAAGAAGUAAAGCGAGUCCACGUUGGCCCCGACGCCUGCGUACAGACACCCGCGUCGGUUUGGCUCCUCUCUUUCUCUGCCAGAGGCACAGAUUGGACCCACGGGCGGGGCGUGAUGGUCGGUACCGGAACCUCCUUGGCGCUGUCCUCCCUCCUAUCCCUGCUGCUCUUCGCUGGCAUGCAGAUAUACAGCCGCCAGCUGGCCUCCACCGAGUGGCUCACUAUUCAGGGGGGCCUGCUGGGCUCCGGCCUUUUCGUCUUCUCCCUGACUGCCUUCAAUAAUCUCGAGAAUCUGGUCUUUGGUAAAGGUUUCCAAGCAAAGAUCUUCCCAGAGAUCCUCCUCUGCUUGCUGUUGGCGCUCUUUGCAUCUGGCCUCAUCCACCGCGUCUGCGUCACCACCUGCUUCAUCUUCUCCAUGGUUGGCCUGUACUACAUCAACAAGAUCUCCUCCACUCUGUACCAGGCAACAGCGCCAGUGCUCACACCAGCCAAGGUCACUGGCAAGGGCAAGAAGAGAAACUAACCCCGAGUGACUAAUAAAGUUGAUUCUUUGUA